AUGGAGCAGAGUUCUAAAGCCAUAGAAGAUAAACUUUUCGAUGAAAUUAUUGGAUACAUCGAAGAUAUUUUAUUAGGUGUGUAAGGCAAGGUGUAACAAAGUUUCAGUUUUAUAAUAAAAAUUUUAUUUUUAGAAGACGAUUUCCAUGCUAUUCAAAAAAAAUUUUUAGAUAAUUAUUGGGAUGUUUUUGAGCCUGCGGAAGAAAAUAAAUUAAUUUACACAAAUAUAUUUAAUGAAUAUGUAAGUAGUUCAGUGAUGAAAGUAACAAAUUUUUUAUACUUAUGUACUGAUACAUGAUUUUUAUAGAAUAAGGCUGUAGAAAAUUAUAUUGUUAAUUACUUGCAAAAGAUUAUACCACAUUUUAAUAUUGACACAUUUUUAGAACAUUUAAAGUAAGCAUAACAAUUUUAUACUUAAUAUAUAUGAAAAUCGUAAAUAUUACUAAAAGAUUUUUUUAAUGAUUAUUGAAUGAUACAGUAAUAAGCAAAAUGAAUUGGAAGGUGAAGUAUUUGAAGUGCUAUCAACAUUUACAGAUUUCAUGUCCUUCAAAGAAAUGUUGCUUGACUAUAGAGCUGUAAGUAAUAUAAUAUCAAUAUAAAGAAAUAAAAAUGAAUAAUUACAUGGAUCUUUUUCAGAUGAAAGAAGGGAAAGUCCAAGAUCUUAGUUAUGGAAUAUCUAUUACAUCUCUCAAAAGUACAAAUGACAAUAAUUCUUUUGGGUAAAAAAUUUUAUCAAUAAAAUAAAUAUAUUUUAAACAUACUAAAAAAAUAAAUUACUAAUCGCAUUUCUUAUGUUCAAUUGCGCUUCUCGAAAGUCAAUACAUUUAUUCUAUUUAUAAUUUUUGUUUAACUUAUGGAAGUACAAAAAAAUAUAUACAUUGUAUUUAUAAUACUUUUAAAAAUUGAAGAAUUGUAAACACAUAUUAUUAUUUAUGCCUCAUUAAUUCGCUCGCACAAAUGUAUCAGUUGUAUCACUUACAGUAGUAUAUCGAAAAUAAAGUAAGAAAUAUGUUUAAUUCAGCACAUAAGGAUCUCCAUUUGUACAAGUUUACUAUUUGUUUCAUUUGGCAUACGAUACGGAAGUGUUCCUGCGAAACUAGUUAAUGCUCGUGCUUGUUCUCGAAGAUCAAGAAGUUGCUGUUUUCUUGCUUCUUCAUCGCCUGGUUCCAUCGAUCGUAACUUUUGAUAUUGACGAUAAAGUAUUGUCAUUGUAGCUAAAAGAACGUCGGCUAAUGUACCAGUUACUUCAGGUGGUACUCGCCGCAACGCGUUUACUCUUUCGUCGACUUCUUUUAUAUUUAAUGGUAGUAAUUUCGACUCCGAAAUAGUCUAUAUAAAUAAAAAUAAUUAUAAUAAUUAUAUUUAAUAUAAUUAUAUUUAAUAUAAACUUGAAUACGAAUAUUUAUAAUCUAAUGUAUCUUACCCUAAGCGCACUCUGGUAUUGUUCAUUGUGAAAUUGAUCAAAGAACACCAUUAGAUGCUUUAAAGUGUAAAAUGCAGAUACCAAUUCAGAAGGUGCUUGUAUCUCAAUGUUUUGAUACCUAA